AUGCCGCGUCGUCGCGGUGGUUGGUACCCCUUCUCGCUGUCCGCCUUUGCGUCCUGCUCGCAGCAUUGCCUUCGCUCUCCUCGUGCAGCCAUGUGCCAUGUGCAUGCUCGACCAUGCCACUGCAGCUCUUACGAUCUUGUAGGUCGCCGCAUCUCAGCUAUGAGCUCGGAGAUCGCUAACGUACCGACAAGCGACGCGCCAUGGGAGCGUCUCGUGCACCUCGUCACAGGUCUUCCUUCGGGUGAGCAGCGAAGCUUCUCGCUCACGGCAGUGGGCGCCCCCGCUUUGGCCAACGUCACGGAUGUCCGUACGGCCCUUCCUUCAAUUCGUGAGCUAUGGACGUCUGCCUACCACCCUGCCUUCGGCUACGGUAUGGAGCGCAAUCGGGACGGCGCCGUGGUCUCUGCCGUGGCCGCGUCUGGCGCGGAUACACAGCGGCAGCAGCACCGACUUCUCCCAGAAGAGGCAGAGGAGCUGCCGCUUUUUGUGCAAGCGCUUGGCCACCUCGCCGCUGCUCUUCAAGAGUCGAUCGUAGAGAAGACCGAGGCAGCAGCAACAGCAGCAUCAGCGGUGGCGGCAGACGACGCCGAUGCUGAUUCUCGGCUUCUGACGCUGCACGAGUGGUUCGUGGAGCUGCAGGCGCUCUUGCUCUUUAUCGGGCAGCACCACUUGCGCUUCCUGAUUCCAGCGACCUUUUUGCCUAAGCUGCCAUCCCUGGCUGUCUCACCCGUGCCAGAGACGUGCACGGUCGAUGGAGGCGGUGGUGCACAUUGCAUCAGCGGGCUCGACAGGCCAGGGACAGCGGAAAUGCGAGAGAUGCAGAUCCGUGACGGCUCAUCGCUGGGGCAGCUUGCGGAUGAGGCGAUUGCGAGCCACACGAGCGCACCUCCGGCGGUUGCCAAAGGCAGCGGCCCCAGCGCCGGCUCCCUUCGCCGCCUGUUUCGUCACGAACGCGAGCAGGUGCAGGACAUGGCGCCGCCACUGCCGGUAGAGGAGCUUCUCCGCGUCGUGGUGCUGGUCGAGGCCGCGCGGACGAUUCUGGACGUGGCGCAUCCUCCGCCGCUGGCGUCGGGGGUGCGCGCAGAGGUGUACGGUGUGUUGUUGUCCGUCGUCGGUUCGAGUGAGCAACUGUCGUCUACAACGCUUGCGUCGCUUGCCACGUGUCUGGCACGAUGUGUUGAUAGCUAUGCGAUGCGCCAGCAGCUCUCAACCGUUGCAUGUACGCCACAGGAGCCGGGCGCGGUGCUGGGGGACUACAGCGGCGGUGGUGGCGUGCGGGCGCACGGAGAGCACUUCGCUGAUAUCAGCUGCGCAGCACUUUCCUCUUUUGUGCGGCGUGUCUCACUCAACGUCGCCGCUUGCUCUGCAGGCACCUCUCUCACUAUAUCGCCCUCUCCAUCAGAACGGCGCGAGGCUGCACAGCUCAAUCGCCUCCGUGGCGGCCUUGACACUCGCCUGCGCCCUAUCAGCGUCCUACACCACGUUCGCGUACUCGCGAAUGUGAUGCAGCGCCGUCUCGCCAAAACACUCUAUGACGCGGAGACCGGGCAUGGCGCUCACCGUCUACAGCAGGAGGCAGGGAAGUGCGACGACGACGACGACGCGGACGUCUCUGUCAGAAGUACCGGCGCUGCUCGCGUGGCGAAGGAAGCGAGGAUAGAGGCCGGCAUGCUGGGUAUACUCCCGCUUGAGGGACUCAAAGCACGGGCACUGACGACGUCGUCGAGCGAAACUCAGUCGACAGUGAUGGCCCAGCCGCGGCGGAAGCGUCGCACUGUGGCAGAGAUUAGGGCCGUUGCUGAGAGGGAGCGUGUGGGUGCGGGCAACUUCUCAGCGCACGGUAACGCUAACGCUCCCUCUUCUCACGUGCCACACGGAAGCGCUACUCCACCCCCAUCCACGCCCUGCGACUCCUGCCAGCGCCCCCACGUCUGCCACGCAGACCGCAGCGCCGCAAGCGACAGGGCUCGAGUGUCCUUCACUGACCUCGCGGAGAUGUGUAGCGCCAUGGCAGCCAUCGGCUUCCGCGGCGACGACACCGCUGCAGAGGAGCCGAUGUGGCGGCACGCAGUCGAGUUCGCCUGUGCGGAGAUCGUCGCGACGGCUGAUGCCAGAGACGCAGCGGCUGCGGUGGCUCGUGCCGACAACGGGGAUGCUGCUGGAGUCGCCGCAGAUCGAGAGGCAGUGAUUCGCCAGACUUUGCUGGACGCGCGCGAUUUGUGCUUUGCACUCGACCGGGUCGGCUACACGCACGGGUACGAUCGCGUCAUGACGACGCUGGUGCGCUGCGGCUUCCUGCGCGAGCCGAUUCCAGCGCCUUCGGCCGCUCGGCGGACCAUGAAGGACAUCCCGUCCUCCGUCUAA